CUGCGGCUCGUGCUCGCGUCGCUACUGCAGUGAAACCCACGGAAACAGACGGAAAAUAGGUUACGCUUCUGAUGUAUCAAAACCAGCAUUUUUUUUGACAAAACAACGAGACCAAGAGCAGAAUUUUCCUCUUAUAUUUGUGCUGUCAUUUAUUGCUGUUCAUUUCCGAGGGGGAAUUCCGUCGCACAGGCAGCAACAUGGGAAAUGAGGCAAGUUAUCCCUUGGAAAUGUGCUCGCAUUUCGAUGCUGAUGAGAUUAAAAGGCUGGGAAAGAGGUUUAAGAAACUCGACCUGGAUAACUCGGGAUCGCUGAGUGUGGAGGAGUUCAUGUCUUUGCCCGAGUUACAGCAGAACCCACUGGUGCAGAGAGUCAUCGAUAUAUUCGACACGGACGGCAACGGAGAGGUGGAUUUCAAAGAGUUCAUCGAGGGCGUCUCUCAGUUCAGUGUGAAGGGUGAUAAGGAAAUGAAGCUUCGCUUCGCUUUCAGGAUCUACGACAUGGACAAGGACGGCUACAUCUCCAACGGGGAGCUGUUCCAGGUGUUGAAGAUGAUGGUGGGCAACAACCUGAAGGACACGCAGCUGCAGCAGAUCGUGGACAAGACCAUCAUCAACGCAGACAAGGACGGGGACGGGAGGAUAUCCUUCGAGGAGUUCUGCGCUGUCGUGGGAGGUCUCGAUAUACACAAGAAGAUGGUCGUGGAUGUGUGAGCGAGUCCGUCUCUCUCUCCACCAGACCCGCUUUCCUCUCAUCUCUGACGAUCUGCUCAAGAUAUCCAGCAAAUGCUCUCUGUGUAUUUCAAUGGAAGUAUUUAAGCCACUUUUGUCAAAUAGAAGCCUUGUCAAGCCAACGUGUGAGUGUUAUUGACCUCCGAUCUGCUCAAUAACCUGCUGUAGCACUUUAUGGGCUCAUGGACACUGAAAGAGCAUGUCAGGUAAAGGGGAAAGAGCAUUGGCUUGUCCAUAUUUAUUUAGGGGUUUUUGUUUCGUUGAAAUGCUUCUUUUUUAAUAUUUAUUUUGUUUCAUCUUUUUCUUUUUUUAAAUUAAGUAUAAUAUAAAUAAGUAUAUGUAGGGUAUGACGUGCCAAGCAGAACAUACAGAACAAACAAGCUUGUUCCAUUGCAUGACGUAAAGAUGCAAUGUUUGCUUUUUUUCCUGUUACGCUUUGUGAUAUAAUCUAUUUCUAUCAUUCUAGCAUUUUGGAUUUUAGCAUCUAACCAUGUUUAAUACCUGUUUUUGUAUUAAUCGUGAGAUAAUGUUUAUGUAUAAACGUUUAUAUUGUUGGAAAGUGCAUCUUCAUGUCUUAUUCGUUGAGACAGUCCAACAGAAACAAAAUACGAUUUGGUUCACGUGAAAGUGUAAUGUAAUGAAUAUGUCUGUCCAUAUGAGAAUCCCAGCAUACGGUGGUCACAAAUAGUAUUUGGACACUAAAUUCACAAUAACAAUGAUUGUCACAGCAAUAGAAAACUCAAUGUCAAAGCAAGAUUCAUCUGCAAGAUCUUUCCUCAGCAUUAGCUUCAGUUUUUGAGACGUCACAUUAAAUAUGCAGAACUCAGAAACUUUGUUUUUAGCGACACCGGUGGCCGUUGAGUGAACUGCAGCCAAAACGCAUGGCUAACAUGACGUAUGAGAGACUGAACAUGAUUCAAGGCCCCGAAGGUCUUUUGCUUAGAAGUAAAAAAGUUGUACUUAAUACCUUUGCAAUGAUGAUGAAUAUAUAAAUAUGUGCAGGCUUUUUCUCAUAAUAACAAAUCAAACUAAUUAAAAUGACACAAAAA